CACACACACACUGUACAUUAGCUGAUUCCAGGGAGAUUCAUUCCGUCAAUCCUUACAUGAUCCCCAGUGACAUAGAGAGCCUCCAAAACCCGUCACCUGGCAUGCACCAGAUCCUCUUCUCUGUUGAAAUGAGCCGCGCUUUCAUUCAAGAAUGUUGCUCCACUCUUAGAGAUUGUGAUGCGUCCACGGCUGACGCCAUAUCUCACAUGAUUUGUUACUGUUGCUAUUGCAACCAGUCCUUCUCUGCUUGCAUCAUAGAGGAAUUACAAAAUAACAUUUCUACAGUGCCUCCUAAUGAGCUCAAAUCCUAUUUCAAGGCUCUAACUGAAGUUCUGCUAAUUGAAGACUCCUUACAAAGUAAAAGGAUUCAGUUUACACUAGCUGGCGGCAAAUACAAACCUGAACUGUCAAUAUUUAAGACAAUUCAAACUAGCUCAGAAUCUAAGAGAAUUUACCAGGGGAUAAAGUUCAUCGUAGGAUUAGCAAACAGGUGUUUCAAGGCCAGAGAUUUUAUUCUUGCUCAAGGAGAGCAAUUACAGACGGCAGUCUCGUGGUUGCGGAGGAAAAUUAAUGAUCACUCUUGGUCUCAUGCGUCUGCUUUCUCAUUCUCUAAUGAAUCCUCGACUAGCAAAAUAUUCCAAAGGACAAUUAGUGCUCAGGACACACUGGAUGAAGCUAAUGCUCUCCUCAAUGAGUUAGAAGCCAGAGACUCAAGAGCACCUAAUCCUUCACUUACAACAACCUCAACUACCUCAUCCUCCUCUUCCUUUAAAUCCUCCAGAGAGAGUGGCAAUACACCAGGAGGCAAUAUUGAAGGAUAAUGAUGACCCACUCCUCGUAUAGCAUUUAACUACAUUUACUAGUUAAU